UCAUUGCGAAUUUGCGAAUUUAAACGACAUUUCGUUGGAAGAAAAACACCGCGAGUGAUCAGGAGUGUCUCCUGGAUUGAACCAGCAUGACUCUUCUCGGUGUUUUGGCAGCAGUUCUGCUGCUGACGAUCAUCCCAACCGCGACCGAUGCGAAGUACGUGGAAGGUGUCGUGGACACCAGCAAGGACAUGGAAUUUCUGGAACGAUUUGUUUUUGAGCCUGACGAACUGGGACAGCUGUGGUACGAGUUCAAGUAUCCUGCGGAACUGUGCUGUUACCAGAUGGUGAUUUUCAAUGACGAAGCCCAACAGUGGCCAUAUGUGAGAGCCAAUGAAGAUAAACUGACUUGUCUUGAGAAGAAGGCUCAGAUACCAUCCCACCACAACACUCAGAUCACCCUGAGCACGCCCUACAACUGCAAGAACAGGACCGAAGAUGGAAAACAGAUGCUCGUGUGUUCCGGCACCCGUCACUUCACGGCCAAACGUCCGCGCUGGUGGUUCAUUAAUGUGGCCAACUGUAACAACAUGAGCCCAAAAGAGGGCGUCCACAUCCAGUACAAGCUCAACAUGACAAACGGAGUCCGGCCCAUGGACAAGCACUUCUCGGCUGACGAACGCUACACCUUGCAGACAAGUAUUGCCUUCGCUGUGCUGUACUUUCUCAUGGCGUUGACUGGAGUCUACUACAAAUAUCAAAUGUCCAAGAAGAGGCUUCUGCAUUCCACCUACCAGCUCUUCUUCAUCUCGAUCUGCCUUCAGCUGGCCUCUCUGCUCUUCAGCAUCAUCGCCCUGGCUAGAUUUGCUCAGACUGGAAUCGAAAUGCCCGACAUGAAGACAGCAGGACAUGUGCUGUCAUCUGUGAGUGACGUGGUGUUUAUUCUGACACUGAUGUUGGUUGGCAAAGGUUACACUAUCACUAGAGGCCGCAUCAGUACCAGCGGCAGUGUCAAGCUGGCCAUCUUCAUCACCCUGUACGCCUUGACCUACACCUUCCUCUACACCUACGCCAAUGCCAACUUUGACCCCAGAGACGUCAUGUAUAUCUACGACAGCCCGGCUGGGAUGGGACUCAUUGUGAUGCGCAUUGUUGGCAUUGUCUGGCUGUACUACUGUGUCUUCUUCACCGUCAAGCACUUCAACCAGAAGUUCAAGUUCUAUCUGCUGUUCAUGGUCUUCUACGUGGUCUGGUUUGCGAUCGAGCCCGUCAUGAUAGGAGUGGCCAAUGCUUUCAUCCCAAACUACAAGAGAGUCAAGAUCGUAACUGGAGUUUACUGGACAGUGUCGUUCAUCGGACAGAUGUACUUCUUGGUCCUGACCCGGCCUGACAUGACCAACGAGUACUUCCCAUAUCACAUCAAAACCAAUCAGGUUGCUGCUUUGCUUGUCACUGAACCGUCUGACGAUGAGGAGUCCAACUUCACCAAUCCAUUCAUUGGAGCUCCGCUGACACGCUCACUCACCAACAUCUUUGUGAAGUCACCAACACCAAAGGUCACCGUGGAUGCUCCCUACAAAACUACUCCAUCAAGACCAGUGGCCGAGGCUAGAAUAGUUUCCGAGACCAAGCCGACAUCCAAGGCCAGACCAGGGCAUCCCAUCGUGAACAACUUUGUCACCGCCUCACUGCACGCUGCCUCGUCCGACGAUGUGAACGACAGUACUCCAGCUCCGACACCACCAAAGCCGGCUCCCAAACCAGGACCAAACUUUGCCAUGUUCUGUGUGGAGAAGCCCAAAGCACAGCCGACUGACAAUGUGAAGAUCGAGAACGAAACUCAACCGGCCGUCAACACCAGGUCUCCUCCCAAGGGCAAGAAACACGGCCUGAAGCUUCCGGCUUUGCCCAAGAAGAUCAAGCCUCAGCAGGCCGCCGCCAAGAGAUCCGCCUCUUCUGUUUCCCCAGUGACUGGUACCCGUGCUCCGGCAACCAAUGACCGUAAGAUCGACGACCGCGGCACUGAAGUGAAGGAGCAAUGCUCCUUUGACUUGGAAUUUGUUGACAUCCCAUUAGACGACCUGACCAUAACCGAUAUGUAGACCGAUUGCCUCUCGACAGCCCAAGAUGUGUUUUUUGCCUUCUUAUUUUCUCUUUUUUUUUUUUUAAUUUGCAAAUUUUCCCCCCUUUUUUGA